AUGCAUUCAUUAACGAUUUGGUUGAGCUUUCUCUCGGUUGUGGGUGCGAUUCCGGGUGCUCAGUUUCCUCAUGCUACUCCAGCUCCUUACUAUGACGCUCGAUCAAAUUCCGGAUCUCAUGAUAAGAGUUGGAUAAAUUAUACUGCUGUACCGGGGUUCUUUUUACAAGAUGAAGCAACGACUGUUCCGUCGACUUUCGAUUAUACUCAAUGGAACUUUGGUCUCCUAAAUCGAACUUAUCCUACAGAUUCCCGUGCCUCUAAGAAUACAAGUCAAUGGGAGAGAUUUGAGAAAUAUGUGACUUCUUUAAAUAAAAACUCGAAGAAGAAUGUGAACUAUAAAGUUUUAUUUAUGGGGAGACAUGGCGAAGGAUGGCAUAAUGCUGCUGAGACUUAUUAUGGAACUCCUGCUUGGAAUUGCUAUUAUUCCGAGUUGGAUGGUAAUGCCACUGUUACCUGGGCAGAUGCUCAUUUAGAUCCUAAUGGGAUUACUCAAGCUCAAAAAGCAUCAAACUACUGGCUUUCCCGAAUUCAACUUCAAAAUAUUCCACUUCCACAAUCUUACUAUACUUCUCCACUCUAUCGCUGUCUUCAAACUUCCAACAUUACAUUCUCAACUCUUCCUCUUCCUAAAUCUCGUCCUUUUAAGCCAUUGGUCAAAGAACUUCUCAGAGAAGGGAUUUCUGGUCAUACUUGUGAUCGAAGAAGUAAUCGUACUUUCAUUCAUGAAUCAUUCCCCUCAUAUAAAAUCGAGAAAGGGUUCGCAGAGAUUGAUCCAUUCUGGAAGGCAUUGGAGGGUGAAGUUUCUAUCGAUCAGGAUAUUAGAAGCAAGAAGGUCUUGGAUGAUAUUUUUGGAAGUGAUGAUCAUACUUGGUUGAGUGUUACAAGUCAUUCGGGGGAAAUUGCUAGUAUUUUGAGAGUUCUCCACCACCAAGUCUUCAGCUUAGUAACUGGAUCCAUCAUUCCAGUCUUGGUAAAAGCAGAGACUAUUUCCGGAAGCCCGACUUCAACUUCCUCUCUACCUUGGACGACUAUAUCGACGUGUACCAGUCCUCCAGCCAACACGGCUACCUCAUAA